AGGAGAGGGAGUGAACACGCACCGAGAGCAUCACUACAGAGAAGUGCUACGUCUCGCCAGUCAAGAACAUUUCAGAAUAAUACAAAUACGUAGAAGCCAAGAUGACUUUGCGGCAGACGUCGCUCUGGAUGUGUUUAGUCACCUUUGUUUUGUUGACUAAGCACAUGUCACACUCAGUCACCAUAGCAGGUGUGUCAGUGGAUCCUCCAGAAAACAUAAAGAUCAUUGAUCCGGGUCAUCUGGGUUACCUGAACAUCGAGUGGAGUCCACCGGGCAGCUUGCAUGACCUCGUAAACUGCACUGUUCGCUACCAGCUCCGCUUUUAUGACACCUACACAGGGAGAUGGAAGGGCGUGCAGACGUCCAGGCUAUUCUACGCGGCCCAGUUUAACCUAGAGAAACCCAUCCAGGUGCGGAUGCUUACCUUGCUAAAGGGUUCGUGCACCAAUGGGAGCGAUAUUCUGGGAGAAGACGUCGAGUUCGUGCACAUGCCUGAACACAAAGGUGUGGCUGACUCAAGAAUAAGGGAUUUCCACUGUGUUUAUUUUAACAAGGAGUACAUGGAGUGCACAUGGGAGCCUGGAACUGUAGAGCCCGUCAACUCAAAACACUACCUCUAUUACUGGCACAGGGCAAUGCAGGAAACACGGGAAUGUCUGGCGUACGUAACAUCUGGUGAGCGCCGCAAAGGAUGUAGAUUCCCUCCCACGUCUCUUUUGGAUUUUUCAGAGUUUAACAUUUGUGUGAAUGGCUCUUCUGAGGCAGGGGAUUUAGAGCCGGCCUUCUUCUCCCUGGCAGUCCAAAACCAUGUCAAACCUGCGGCCGUGUCUAAUCUGCACUUGGUGCAUAAUGGCACCCUGGUGCAUGUAGAGUGGGCCCCUCCGUCAGGUCCCAUUCCAGAGCAGUGUCUGGAGUACGAGCUUGAAAUAACCACAGGGAACCACAAUGUCAGCAAGAAACAGACAGCUGUAAUCGAGGAGACGGCGUUUGAUCUCCAUCAGGAUGGUGCAAGCGACAGAAAGUGCUUCCGCGUCAGGUCUAAAGUGAACAUUUACUGCGCUGAUGAUGGGUUCUGGAGCAACUGGAGCCAACCAAGAUGCAUUCCAGAGACUGAACCAAGAAUAAUUGUAUGCAUGGCACCCUGGAGUGCUUUGCUUCUGAUCACCAUUAUAGCCAGUGUCAUUGUUUUGGUCAGCACCGUCUGCCUCAUACUAUGGAUGCUCAAGAAAAUGUGGAAGAACAGGAAUGAACAGAAGCAUGUGUUCCGCGCUCUGUACCAGGAGAAGGUCCAGAAGGUGAUCCCGCCUAUAUUCAGCCCCAUGCUUUAAAUACUCAUUUCUCAGCCAGUCGCACAUGGACACUUCAGCAUGUGCGAGUACAUUCGGAUCCUCUGUCAGUUCCCAGCCAAUCUGUUUACAGCACAGAACGAUUUGAGUCUGGGCACUGGUUUUCUUAAGAUGCACAAUGGACCAUGUAUAAAUCCUGCACCUUUUUACAGAGACUGUAGUCGCUCUCUGUGGGAAUUAAAAUAAUCUGUGGCAGCAUAGCACUACCAAACAGUGUUUCCUUUCUGAAUGUAUUUUCUGUGUUGUUUAUUUGUCUUCUUUUUUUUUUUAAAUACUGUAUUGUACUAAAGUUACUCAUUAAAUGCCAGAAUUCUUGCCAACAUUUAAACAAUUUUACACUAGGUUUUUACUGAAUAAUUUUUACCAUGUUAUAUUUGUUCGGUCAAAUUUACUGUCUGUUAUUUCACUAUCAACAUUGUCUUUUCGGUGAUAUAUCCCUUUUGUACAGGACACUCGAUGUCUUUUCACUACACUCUACAGUUUGCGACUAUAUAUUACAAACGCAACAUUACAUCUUUAAACCUGAUUUUGUCCUUAGUAUAAAUAAAAGCUUUGUCUUUCACUGUAUCACUACGGCUACCUGGGAAGAAGGCUGAUAGGUGCUUCUUUAUCAAUACAUGAAGCUAGCCACUGGACAGCUGAACGAACUUGAAGAAGUAUGCUAAACGGCCAGUUGUGGCACUCACAGUUGCUUGUGAUUGGCUAGCAUCACUCUGAUUGACCGGAUAGUGAGGAAGGCUAUAGGUUGCAACAAAAACAGCGCCAAUUUCUCUUUAAACAUUCCUGACUACAGAGAGCUAGUUAUAGGCUAAAUUUGUCUGUCAUUUUCUCAGGACUGCUUCAUCCCUGUCCAGAAAAUAUGACACUUCUAGGUGAAACCAAGUUAAAGUGAAAGAAGAAGAGAAAAAAAGGAAAUAAGACUACAGUAAAUAUGUGAACUCCAGUAUGAAAAAUGGCUGAACUGGUCUGCCGAUGAGUGCUAGCAAUUUAGUAACUACUGAUGAUGAUGGACAUUGGUAACAAAACAUGAUAGUAGACUGUAAUUUGUCGCCUUCCUGUUGAGACCUAUAUAUAGCUUUGUCAGUCUUUGAUGCCAAAAACAAAUUACUAUAUCGGCUUCCCAAAAACAGAACCACACUCCAAAAAAAAUAUUCAGUGGCUUUGUAAAUAUCACAAUAAUAAAAAGCUAUACUACCUUAAUAAAAUCUUUGAACAUCAAUGAAGUGAUUCUUUGUGUUUGAUACACCAAAAUAAGUGUCUAAAAAUUUA